AAAAAACGCAUUUACACAUUACAUAGACAAAACUCUGAUGUUUGCAAGACUUGCCAAGCGGGCUGCACAACCCGUGUCUGCCCUGAGGGGUACCAAGAACUGCAAUAACAACAUCUUGCGCAAUCCUUCCCUUGGUUUAAAUGCCAUCCGUCAUCAGUCCUCCUCAUCCUCCAGUCGAGAUAAUGACAACAGCAACAAUUCGGAAGUGGAACCCAUCAGUCCAAAUGAGAAACCAGUCAAUGCCUCGUUUGAGUUACAACAAGUCGAUCUUGCUCAUGGCUCAUUCUUUGCAUUGCAUCGCCCUCUGCUGGGUAUUACCAACGGUCCCAUGUUUGCCAGCAACAACGGCCUGUUUAACGAUGAUGACCCUGAAGAUGCAGUUGUUGAGGACUUGACCAAUUAUUUUUCUACACUGCAUCCAUUUUCAAUUGGAUCAUCAUCACUAUCACUACCCUCGCUUUCAUCACCCGUGACCGCUACAGCAACUGCCUGGGCAAGUUUGCCUCCGACUCUAACGGAUGCAGAUCAAGCUGCAGAUGAGUUUUUGAGGAUGAUGCAGGACAAACAUGACAGGAUGAGUUACUUUGAACAAUUGGAAUUGGCUCAGAAAGCAGAAGCUGAGGAAGCAGCAGCCCGUCUUUUUAGGCGCAUGAACACUCCAUCUUCUAAAAACAAAACACAAAAGACAGACCAGCACCGCCACCAGCACCAAUCUAUGACAGCGAAUGAACAGAAAGAGUCUGAAACAAAGAAGGCACCAUCAAAAAUUCAAAUCUUUUGUUAUGAUGAUAACUAUUCAAUAAGAUCAGUGGCCACAGUAGAAGCGGAAGCCAUUCUGGAUCCACUUUUGAAUAACGAAAAUGGAAUGUACUUGACGAGUGUACUUCGUAAAAGACGUAUCAAGAUGCGGAAACACAAAUAUAAGAAGUUGCGCAAGAGAACUCGAGCCUUGCGUAAGAAGCUUGGCAAGUAAGGAGGAGGGAAAAAGAAAAAAUUGACAAAAAAAGAAAGAGGCA